CGGGAGAACAAUGUUUUGGCUCUAGCUUUCUACAAAAAAAAAACCCCGGACGGCUGAGGACGAAACAACACAAGCCUCAAACAAAACAAAAAGAACACAACAAAACACAGCAGGUCAUGGUCGUGCACCGGAUGACACUGAUUGGUACCCCAUAGUUUUCCUGCCCGCCGGCAUUCACCAUGAGCAUCAUUCAAGACAAACUAGGCAAUGAAUACCUGCGCUCCAACGGGGGCAUGGACUCCAACUUCGGUCCUGGCAUGAUAAUGUUCAGCCACCUCCCCCCGGUGACCAGCUUCACCCGGCUGGCCGCCCAGUCUGUCAUGCAGGACCUUCCGCCGCAAGAAAUGAUCCUGAAGAAGGAGCGUGACUCGCCUGACUGCAGCAUGGGCGCUCAGGGUGGCAGCUUGGGGUGCGCGGGGGUGGGAGACUAUAUUCACGCCAUGGGUAUCAAGCAGGAGAAACUGUCAGAGCACGAUUAUCGCCUGCCGCUGUACCCAGGAGGACCGGGCAAGAGCACAGAGCUGCUGGAGGUGACGCUCAGUAACAACCAGGGCCUGAUGGUGCAUGACCUCAACAUGGGCAACCUGCCGAGUCAGGAGCCCACUGGGAGAAAAGGUCGAAGGUCAAACGGUGAUGGACAGGAGGGUAGACCAAGAAAGAAGCGAAGUGAGGCAAAGCAAUCAAUGAUGCUGGAUGCAGAUGGAGGCAACCUGUCCCCAGGACACAAGCCUCACAUCUGUGAACACUGCACUGCAUCCUUCAGAAGCUCUUAUCACCUACGCAGACACGUCCUCAUACACACAGGGGAACGACCUUUCAGAUGCAGUCAGUGCAACAUGAGUUUCAUUCAGAAGUACCUUCUGCAGCGACACGAGAAAAUCCACAGUGGAGAGAAGCCAUUCAGCUGCGACCAGUGUAACAUGCGAUUCAUUCAAAAGUACCACAUGGAGAGGCACAAGAGGACGCACAGUGGAGAAAAGCCGUACAGAUGUGAGACCUGCCAACAGUAUUUUUCUAGGACAGACCGAUUGCUUAAGCACAAGCGAACCUGUGGAGAAGCCAUAAAGAAGGGGCUGGAUCCCGGGAUGAUGGACCUGGGUUGUGUAGACAUGGGACAUGGCAGCUAUGGAAUCACUCAGGGAAAUGCAGGGAAUAAUGGGAGAAAGAGGGGAAGGUCCAAAAAUUCUGGAGAGGGAGGGGAGCGCAAGAAGAAGAAGCAGCAGGGGGAUGCAGGAGGAGCAGCAGGGAUGAGGAUACCGCACAUUCAUGAUGCUGUAUCUGGAGGCUACAGCAUCCACGAAUACUCUGUGGAGAAUCAAACAGUAUCCUCCUCGACUGAGCCAGGACCCAGCAUGCAGCACGGCCACCAUGGACGAGCUCCAAAGAUGGCUUUCAAGAAGGCCAAUCGCAAGAGUCUUGAUAAAGUGGGCCUGGGGCAGGCCAAAGCAGGCCCGAUGGAGCAGAGUGGGGGAAUGGAUGGUCUUGGCCUCAUGCAGGGUAAUGGGGCUAAAGUGGGGCCCACGAACAGCAGCAACUACGAUGACGCCAUGCAGUUUCUCAAGAAGAGACGUUACCUUCAUGCAGCAAACAAUGCACACUCGUCAGGGCCCGCCGUGGCUGGAGGCAACAACAAUGAAUAUGAUGUCAGUGUCGGUCACUUGUCUUCCCAUCCGUCUGUUAUUCAGGGUGUCGUUUCCAGCGUGUUGGACAAUGACGUGCCUCUAAAUCUGGACAAGUCAGGGAUCCCCGAUGAGGUGCUGCAGAGCCUCCUCGACCACUACACCCAGAAACCCGACGGCUCACACCACGACGUUCACUUUGACAUCAGUGACCAUCACGUGGACAUGAACCAUCACUCAGCCGACGGUCACGACAUCGGCCACAACGACGUCCCCAGCCCGUCUGGAGACAAGACUGUCAUGAUGCACGAAUACUCGCGCUUCCUGCUGCAGGCCCUGGAGCGCACAAGCCACAGUGCCAGCUUCCCUCUUGGUCCCGGGCCUCCUGCCUCUGGACCGUUCACCAGUUCCCAUCCGGGCAACCCGCUCUACUCUGACAAAAACAUCUACACUACUUCCCCACUGGAGUGUGGCUUCGGCCACUCAGCGGCCUCGCCUUCGCUGCCCUCCUCUGUGCCAAAGUCUCACUUUGCGAUGCUGACGGGCUCCUCACCACAGCACAGCUUCCACCUGAGCAGCCUGGAGGCGUCCACACACCAGCAGCUCACCCCUUCUCAGGAGCUCACCGACCAGAUGGAGAAGCAGCACUCCUCCACUCCCCCUUCCUCUUACCAGAUCAGCCCAUCUGACCUGAGCAGCCAGAAGGACCAACCGCCUGUCAAGAACGGCACAACGGUCUACCCUCUAACUCCCUCACACGAUCUGGCCCCUCUCGACUCUUCCAAGCCUUCCUACCAGAUAGAAAACUUUGCUCAGGCGUUUGGCUCCCAGUUCAAGUCAGACGGCCGCGGCUUGUCUUACAGCACUGACUCUAGCGGGGAAGUGGAUCACCACAGGAUAAGGACUGUGUCUGAAUUCUCAGGGUAUAGUAGUUUGUUAUCUGAUGUCAAUGAGCCAGUAAGUACAGGUUCCAAAACUCCAACAAGCCAAAGCUACAGAUGAGAGCCUGAGAGGGAGAGAACACUGUCAUUAAAGUUGAUGUUCUUAUGUUAAUUAUUUAGUGCUCCUAUUUUAUUAUUAUUAUUAUUAUUAUUAUUGUUAUUAUUUUUUUAAGUGACAUCUUUAUUUUAAUUAUACUGAUGCUCUGUUUUUGUGCCCACUCCUCUCCCCACAAUGAGCCUGCAAGGCUUCCUGCAAAUGCAAUUUUUUUUUAAAGUAUCUGUUAUUUUUAAGUUAAAUAUGUAUUGACUGUUUAUUCAUGUCAUAUUAGUGACAAUAGGUCUGGUCAUUAAUUAUGAACUGAAAGUACUUUUUAAGUAAGCGUAGAGUAGCAUCAACGACAUAUUUCUUUUCCAAUGAGCUGAAGUGUUUGAGCAAUCAACUUUACAAUUGUAAAAUAAUAAUGGAAAUAACCAUGAUGGCAGGGAAUAGCCCAGAAUUGAAAUAGCAAAAAAAGAAAGAAGUUAUUGUCUGUUACAAGGUUAAAAGUAUUACUCAGGAAAAAGUGGAAAGGAAGAAGCAUAUGAGGUGCAGUGAGCCCUCUUUCAGUGUCAGUUUGCGAAUUCAAAGAGGAUUUUUCUUAUGUUUUGUUACUUGUUGAAUGAGUGUGACGUAAACAGACUGCUGCCAGCUCACUUGAACACUGAAAACACUUUCUACUUGGCUAUAUAGAGAUUAUGGUACUUUCGUGUCAAUGUGAAACUCAUGUUUUCUUCAAUAAGGGCCAUAUAUAUAUCUAUAUAUAUUUAUAAGAAUAUAUAUUAUGUAAAAUAACAGAUUUAAUCAUUCUGGGGAACUGCCAGUUGAAGUAGAGGGAGAAUGAGGGCUGUUUCAGGGGGGUAAAUGUUGUCCUUGUUAUAUUUUUGGAGAACAAAAGUGAUGUUAGGGCUUUUCUUUGGCCAAUAGAGGUUGCUGUUGGACAGCGAUAGAAUGGCCUUCCCCUUAUCCCGCCCUUGUCGUCUUCCUCAUUUCUCUUAUGUCUUUAAAAGAAUCCAAUUAGCACUUUGAGCCGUUUUCUUACAUUGUGUAAAGUACCCCGUCACAUCAAGGAAGCUCAAACGUCAGGAAUGGACUGGCUUUUUGAAAGAGACAUGUUGCUGUUUGGGCAUAUGCAGAUGGGGUUUUCUUGGGGCUGUAUAAUGAGAAUACCCUUUGUUUGGGUAGCAUGGUUUAUACGGGAUG